UGAGUUGUGUGUAUGUUGAAAUCAUUCAUGUUUGUUUCAAUAAAAACGGACCCCAAAGAAGCGAAAUGUCUGGCUUGGAAAAAUUUGAAGACACUCCGGCUUGGCGUCAAAAAUUGAUUGCCCAUUUGAUGCGUUCGCCACCUCCACAAACGAAAAGAGAAUCAAUGGAGCCACGCCAUAGUUUGGAUAUUGUGCUGGAUUUUCCAGCCUUGAUUAAGGCCAAGAAGGCCGAACUUGCCGCUCAACAGCAGCAGGAAAAGGGCGAAAACAUCGAGCAAAGCAGCGACACUAACAUUAUUAAUGUUAGCGCGCAAUUUGCGAGCCUUUACGAAGCAUGCGCAGAUAAUUCGAUGACGGAAAAUGCCGAUGAGACUUUUGGUGUGUUUGAGCGUAUGUGCGAUAAGACCGGUUCCGAUCCAGAUAACACGCUCUUCCAAUACCUGCACAGCGAUGAUAAGGAUCAGAUAUUGGCCCUAGCCAAGGAGCGAAGCGCGCGUGCAGAUAAAUCUGAUGACAUGGAAGUGGAUGCACUGCGUCGCUUGUUCGACGACCUAAACGGUCAGGACAGACUGGAAAAUGAGAGUCCUCUCAAGAGUGCUGAUUGCACACGGCUGGAGGAUGUUGAGGCGCCAUCUCGCUUCUGGGACUCCACACUGAUGGAUAACGAUUCGGCGUUUCAGCCAUUGGCAAAGACGUCACCGGUUAAGAUGGUGGGCCUGAUGCGUCCGUCAACCAUACUAGAGGCCAAUGAGGCAGACAUGACGGGUCAGCAAUCCGCUGACUCCUCGUCUUCACUCACCAACAACAACAGCAGUUUUUUGACCGCACCAAUGCUGAAAACGGCACAAAGCUACGAAACGAUUGCAUCCGGUUCCAGUUGCUAUCAGUCAGCUGGAGACAAUUCGCGGGCCAGCAUUGAGAAGGUGGAUGAGAUGGGAAAAACUCUGAAUGUUGAUGAUUUGUUUUAUGCGGCCAUUGCCAAGGCAAAGCCACAUGGCAUCUCGCCAGAAGAACAGAAGCAGCUGCUCAGCGAUUUCCACGAAACCGUUUUCGAACUGGUCGACAACGAUGAGGCGGACAAUACAAUUAUCGAAUUGUCCUCAACGGAUGAGGAGGAGGACGAGGAUGCAGCUAAGGAUAAGGAUGAUUUAGAUGCGGACAUAAAGCAAGAGAAAAUUUCAACAAUUGGCGUUGCAAUUGAGGAGGGGGAGGACAAGGAGAACACGUCUAUGGAAUUCAAUGAUACCAUUGAGGAAAUGGAUUAUAGGAUGCGUAAGGGUCGUGAACUAAUUGCCGCCAAGGCAGCAGCAGCAGCAGUAGCAGCAUCAGCAGUAGCGCAACCAGCAACACCAUCCCCUAAGGCAUCUCCAGCUGCCACACCCACAAAACCGCUGGCAGACUCGAAUAUCAUCCAUUUGCAUCCGAAGCAGAAUACAUUUGUGUUGACGCCCAAAAAAAGACAACCAAUAUCAGCGUCGCCGUCACCAUCAUCAUCACUACAAAAAGGUGCCAACAGCAGCAGCAAGUUGCACGGAUCUGCCGGAAAAUAUUCUCUGCUAGUUCUGGCAAAGAAACAGGAUAAAUUCUUCAAGGAGCCCUCGGGUAUACCGAUGAGACGCCAACAACUUGCCGUAAAGGAUAAUUAUGCGCACAUUGUUAGUCCGAUACGGGCCUACACACACAAAUCGGGCACUGCCCCCCUGAUGAGCAUGUUCCGGCAGACGUCAAACAUCAAGGAUGCGUUCGACAAGCUGAGCAGCAAGGAAAUGGAACUGGAAUCGUAUCUCUGCCAAUUGAAACGUGGCCAGGCCACCGAAUCAAAGCUGGGUGUGGGCUGCAUUGAUGCCACUGCUCGAUUGCUGCCAAAGAAGGCGUAUAUAUCAUCGGAGCUGACGCAGAUUGUGGAUGAACGCACGCGACGCCCCAUGCCGCAUGUGCCGAAGAUUCAAAAGUAUCUCGAUUCGGCUGUGGAGCCAACUGUGAUGCGACACGAUGGCAAGAUGAAAAUGGCAGGCGAAAGCCCGUUGAAGCGCCCAUCGCAUAUACCUCGACCCAACGAAAGCCUUGCCGAUCUGUCCCUGGCCUCCGGCGACAUCUCUCUGUACACGCUCAAGGAUGCCCAGAAAUUUUAAUCAAUCACAAAUUCAAGCUUAUUUUUAACAUACAAAUAUCGGCAUUUGUUUUCAUGUUUAGAACAGAAGUCAGUACUACCAAUAAACAAAGAACAAUUUAGUAACUAAUAAA